CUGGAUGUCAUGGUGUUGGUAAAGCAUGAACAGAAGGUCGAUGAGCUUGUAUAUGUUGAAUGCUCCCGCAUUGUCUGCACUAAUACAAAAAGAGAUGAUGAUGUGGUGAAGCUAUGGAGAAAAGCAUUGGAUGGAAUAAGUUACGUUGGCACAUCAUACAGACUGGCUAGCAACCAAUUUGGGAUUGUAGGAAUUCAAGUCGCUGGGAGGUUGUCUGAUGAACUAUGUUUAUGUAUGGAUUUAGAAUACCCUAAUCCACUUGAGCAAGCAGAUACCAAUCCACCUCGAAAUGAUCGACUGAGCCUCGCUGUUUAA